GUGGAGAUGUCUCGUAAGAGCCCUUUUGCCUCCUGGCUUUGUGCUAUGCUGCACUGCUUUGGAAGUUACGUACUUGCUGAUCUGUUACUUGGAGAAUCCCCCAUUGAUUACUUCAGUAAUAACUCCAGUGUCAUCCUGGCCACAGCAGUCUGGUAUUUGAUAUUCUUCUGUCCCAUGAACCUCUUCUACAAGUGCGUUAGCUUUCUGCCUAUGAAGCUCAUCUUUGUGGCAAUGAAGGAGGUGGUCAGAGUUCGCAAAAUUGCAGCUGGGGUCCACCACGCUCAUCACCGUUACCACCACGGGUGGUUCAUUAUGAUGGCUACUGGAUGGGUCAAAGGUUCUGGUGUUGCCCUGAUGUCUAACUUUGAGCAACUGCUGCGUGGGGUCUGGAAGCCAGAAACAAACGAAAUUCUUCAUAUGUCCUUCCCUACAAAGGCUAGUCUGUACGGCACAAUCCUCUUCACUCUGCAACAGACUCGCUGGCUCCCUAUCUCUGAAGCCAACCUCAUCUUCUUUUUCACCAUGUUCAUGAUAGUUUGCAAGGUUUUCAUGACGGCAACUCACUCUCACGCCUCACCUUUUGCUCCAGUGGAAAACUUCAUCUGCCCAGUUUUCUUUGGCUCUGUUUCCAGUGGACACACCAGUCAUCAUCAUGAUCAGCAUGGGGCCUCCCAUGAGGUUUCCCAUCCUCCGCCUCCUCCUGCAAAGUCAAAAGAGGAGCUAAAUGAAGGCACAAGGAAACGGAAAGCGAAAAAAGCUGAAUAAAAAAGCAACCACGUGGUAAACAGGCCAAGAAAAUUCUUCCAGAGCUGAGUCUCAAAGCCACCUGUGACCUCCUCUAUCCUCCAGUCCUCUCUCAGACUCCAGAGGAGAGGUGGAAGCCAAGACACUGCCAGGCGGGUCCCUGAAUUUCAUUUGUGCUCUCUGUGUUGCUGCUUGCUUCUUGGUCUCUGUCUCUCUCUCCUGAUCAUAUUUUCAGGGAUUUGUAGAUUUGUGCCAGGAUGAUAAGUGGGUGCCAAUUCCCAGGCUGUCAGCAAUUAUGAUGCAGCAUUUUCAAUUGAUGUAAAAUCUUUCCCUGUGUUUAUUUAUGAAUGGAGGUAAUGGUUUGUGCUCCUGCAACUCCUAAGUUCCCUUGAGUUUUCAUUGACCUUUUUGAUGUCUACCAAAACAACAAACUGUUUAGAUACAAUCAAUGUGGAAAUUGGAUUUCAU